GAUCUACCAUGUGAUUGCGAGUCUUUUAUUAUGAACUAUUCAACUUCCGGUGAUGUAAAACGAGCAAGUGUUUAGAUGUCUCGUGUCUUCACAUUUCUUCUGCUUUUUGCAAAUUCAUUUUCUCCUUCAAUCUUUAGUUAUCGACUCUUUCCACAGUUUGCUUUCAGCAGCAGUGAAGGACUUCUGAUGUUGCUGAAUGCGUCAUGUGACGGCGGCAUGGAUUAGGAACUGUCAACAAGACAGGGAAAGAAAGGACAUCCUAAUCUAUUAUGUGCAUGUAGAAGUGGAUCCAUGGGUGUCCUGCGGGUGCUGUCGGUCACCAUGGGAAGGAUCAGUACUUUCAGGUCCUAUCAGAUCAUGCUGCUCCUUGCCGCAGCCUUGGCAGUGGUGGCCUUCUACUACUUUGGCUCCGAAAAGCAAAACUUCUCCAGCACCACAAAACGUAUCAAGGAAACACAAGCGAGCCACAACACCAACCGUGAUGAUGCAGAUCUUUCCAUAGACAUCCGUUCUGGACAUCCAGAAAGCAGAACAGGAACCGGAGUUGACCUGGAGGGAAAGCUGUCACGCUUUCACAUGCUCAUGAUGUUCACCAAGGUUGACAAGAGCUUGAACCUUCAGCAGAAGUUUCAGGUGGCCAUGCGCUCCAUGGCCAAACAUGGACGGUUCCUGGAGGAUGAGAUGCUGGUUCUGCACUACGUCUCUGAUGUGGGCAGUCGGGAGCUGGGAGAGAAGAUGCUUCCUGAACUUCUGCUGGAGGCAACCUUCCGGUAUGAGGUGGUGUUUCACAAUGUAGAUGCCCUUACAGAGAAAUUAUUCCCCAUCGUGGAAGCCAUGCAGAAACACUUCAGUGCAGGUUCCGGCGCAUACUACAGCGACGCCAUCUUCUUCCUGUCGGUGGCCAUGCAUCGCAUCAUGCCUGCGGAACUGAAGCGCAUUGUUCAGUUGGACUUGGACCUCAAAUUCAAAAGCAACAUCAGAGACCUCUUCCAAGAGUUUAACCAUUUCCCUUAUGAGGCCGUCAUUGGAAUUGCACGUGAAAUGCAGCCAGUUUACAGGCACACUUUCUGGCAGUACCGCAAAGAGAAUCCCAAGUCCCAUGUAGGCGACCCUCCACCAGAUGGUCUGCCUGGCUUCAACAGUGGCGUGAUGCUUCUGAACCUCGACGCCAUGCGUCGCUCUACCUUAUACAACCAGCUUCUGGAGCCCGAGCGGGUGGCCCGGCUCGCAGAGAAAUACCACUUCCGGGGGCAUUUGGGCGAUCAGGAUUUCUUCACCAUGAUUGGGAUGGAGCACAGGGAACUGUUUUACCCACUUUCCUGUGGCUGGAACCGACAGCUUUGCACUUGGUGGAGGGAACAUGGGUACGGCGACGUCUUCCAGCUGUACUAUCACUGCGAUGGCCCGGUGCACAUCUACCAUGGCAAUUGCAACACUCCUAUACCUGAUGAUUGAGGGUCAAAGUGCAUCUUUGAAUGCUACAUUUUUGAUUAAACUCGAAUUUUGUUUGCACACUUGGAACAAACUUUAAACCGAGGCAGAAGUGACUCAUUGUUAGAGGUGUUAAUAGUGUAGCAUUACCAUGUCUAUCACAUUUACACUAUAUACUCCAGCCAUUACCACAUUAUUCAGUCAUUUAACACCCUUGAGGCUGUUGUUGCCUUUCCAAAGUUGCUAAAAGAAAUGGUUUAAAUACUAGUUCAUUUUCUCUCAAUUCAGUAUGGCUUUGACUCACUCUCAGUAGUUUCCUCAUGCAGGUGUCUCAUCAAAAUGCUCUUAGACAGCAGGUUUUGAAGGAGCCAAUCAUGGCACUCUUUUCCUUACCUUGAUGCCACUCUUUGUAUUGUUUACAGGUGCAGUUGCACUCUUGCAGUCACAUUGAGGUACCACUUAUCUACGUAAUGCACUUUUUACUGUUUUUAAUCUCUCUUAAUUUUAUGCCACAUUCUCCACUCAAUUUCUCUGUUUUUAUGCAGAGAUGAUGGGGAAAAGGGUGUUGACCCACUUUCCUGGGUUUUUUGCAUGUGUGAGUGCUGACAUUGGAAAUCUGUUUUCUCUGUGAUGUGCAACUGUAUCGCCUUUAGAAUAGCCAAGAUAGCAUCUAGAACAUCAGAUCGGUCUCAUCAGGAAAACAUUCUUGCCAAAGUGCUCUAAUCCGCCUGAGAAAUGUGGAAGUGGGAUUUGCUGGAGUAUUCCAAAGGGAACAGACUCUGCCCUGAGGGAGAUAUAUGCUAGAUUUCGAGGGCAGAGCACUAGCUGUUGUGGUUGGCUGGCAUUUAUUGAGCGAUGUUGCUGUUGGCGAAACUCUGCACAGGACUGUGUGAAAUGCGCGUCAUAAUCUCUGCAAAGCCAAAUCAACAGGCUGGAGAGGAAGAACUUGGUAAAUGAGUCCUCACAUGUGUUGCCAGGCAGACAUGAGAUCCCACUUCAAGCUCAUCUGUGUUAAUAGUUGAAUAUUGUGAAGUUAAGGACUGCAUGUUUUGGGAUUUUCAGUGAAUUUGUUUUUUGUUUUGGUGGGAGUGUGGUCAUGUUUUGUCUAGCCGUUUCUGUCAUAGAAACCUACUUUUGAGUGAUCAAGUUAAAGGUAAAAUGUUUAACUAAUUAACCUUUAAUCUGCUGGUCUCAGCAGAGUUUUCAAUAACAUGAAGUAUUCACACUUUUCCCCCUGUUUUCUUUCUUAUGUGAUAAUUUACAUUGGGUCUCAUUCAUGAAAUAUGAGCAGAGCAUAUUUCUGUCUAAAUCUUACUUUGUACAUUUAUCGUUCAAAACUUGGGGGUCGGAAAGGUUUUUAAUGUUUUUUUGAAAGAAGUCUCUUAUGCUCACCAAGACUGCAUUUAUUUGAUCAAAAAUACAGUAAUAAAACAGUAAUAUUAUAAAACAUAUUAUUACAAUUUGAAAUUGUUUUUAUUUGAAUAGAUUUAGUUUAAGAUGUAAUCUAUUCUUCUUAUGGCAAAGCUGAAUUUUCAGCAUCAUUUCUUAUUAUUAUCAAUGUUGAAAACAGUUGCUUAACAUCUUUUGUGGAACCCUCAAUUUUUCAUUCACGAUUCUUUGAUAUACAGAAAGUUCAAAUGAACAGCAUUUAUUUGAAAUAGAAAUCUUUAUGAAAGUCUUUCCUGUCUCUUUUGAUCAAUUUAAUGCAUCCUUGCUGGAAAAAGUAAGAAUUUCUUAAAAAAAAAAAACAAUCUUACUGACCCUAAACUUUUGAAUGGUAGUGUAAAUAGGCAUAAAGGCUCAUCACAAUUUGUUUUAUGAACAAUUUACACAAAAUUGGUUACGUUUAUCAUAUGCAUUUUUUAUUUUUUAUUUUUUUUUGUGUGUGUGUUUAUCUUAUUUUUUGAGAACAAAUCUUUUUCAAAUGAACCACUCAGGGAAUAUUGAUGGAGCAAACCAAGUUCUUAGUGUGAGGAAAAUUUAAUACAACUUCCACAAACUAGACUUGUUUAGAACAGGUUAUUUUUCUCUAUAUAACCACCUGUUUGUCCUUCAAUUUUGAGUAUUGAAUGUAAAACACUCACUUGUUGUGUAAAGUAUGUAAUAGAAAUUGAAUGUAACUAAUGAACAAAUUCCAGAAGUGAAGGAGUAAAAUAUCUAAUAUAUCGUUCUCUCGAUUCAAAUGUGUUGUUGGUCAGAAUAAAAUUUCAUGCUAUUUCCUAA